UGGCGGAACGCUGAAAAAAGCAGUUGAGAGCGGUCAGAUUUCGGAUAUCUUGUUCUAGUUAAGAACGAGCGGAGUACUUACAUUUAUCCUUUUGGCUAGCUAACGUAGUCAACGAAUCGUUUUGUCCCAAUAUUUAUCUUAGUAAACCUUCUGGCUGGAGCAUUUCCAUCAGUUAAAGCACGAGAUCCCCGAAAUGGCAGAUAACAACACAGAGCUAAAUGAAGUCAAGCAUGAUAACAUUUCCUCCCCUGGGAUUUCAGACCAAGAAAAAGAAAUAGCUGCAAAUGCGUUGGAGGCGUUUACGGCCGGAAACUAUGAUGAAUCUUUGAAACACCUUGGGAAGCUGCAAGAGUUGAACAAGGAGGACUACAAGAUUGCUUUGAAUAAAGCAAUAGCUGAAUUCUACAAGAGCGGCCAAACCACCACAUGUACCCUGAAACAGACCCUCAUUGCAAUGAAAAACCAGGUGCACACUUCAAUGGAGGACAUUGAUGGUUUGGAUGACGUAGAGAACAGUCUGCUCUACUACAAUCAAGCAAUCAUUCACUACCACAUGAGACAGUACUCCGAAGCUAUCGCUAUUGGAGAGAAGCUGUACCAGUUUCUGGAGCCGUUUGAAGAGAAGUUUGCUCUGGCGGUCUGCUUCUUGCUGGUGGAUCUGUACCUGCUAACGUACCAGCCAGAGAAGGCCCUCCAUCUCCUUGCUGUGCUGGAGAAACUGUCUGUACAGGGAAACAACAAGAAUGGCAAAGGGGAGGUAAUAUUUCAGGCACAGUGCAAGUUCUACAUUCACAGGGACCCGGUAGUGGAGGCAGCAGACCUCAUUCAGGAUAAUCUCAGGGAGAUUACUGGAGGACAGAGUGCCAACAGCACGAACAAAGAUGGUCGGAACCAGAAGGCAGAGUUCAUCGGCAUGAUAGAAGCGGCAAAAUCCAAAAUGCACCAGUACAAAGUGCGAGCGUACAUUCAGAUGAAGUCAUCAAAGGCGUGCAAAAGGGAGAUCAAGUCUGUGAUGAACACAGCAGGGAAUUCUGCGCCCUCACUCUUCCUCAAGAGUAACUUUGAGUACCUGAGAGGUAACUACCGCAAAGCAGUGAAGCUCUUAAACAGCUCCAACAUCGCAGAGCACCCAGGGGCCAUCAAAACAGGUGAAUGUGUGCGCUGUAUGUUCUGGAACAAUCUGGGUUGCAUACACUUUGCCAUGGGGAAACACAACCUAGGCAUUUUCUACUUCAAAAAGGCCCUGCAGGAGAACGACCACACGUGUGUACAGCUGGGGGACGGUGGGGCAACGGGUAACGGGCAAUCUAAGCAGUUCUCUGGCAUCCCCAUGUGCGCGCUGCUAGCCAACAAGCGUUAUGAGCUGCUGUAUAACUGUGGGAUCCAGCUGCUGCACAUCGGCCGGCCCCUGGCGGCCUUCGAGUGUCUGAUGGAGGCUGUGCAGGUGUACCACUCUAACCCUCGCCUCUGGUUACGGCUGGCUGAGUGCUGCAUCGCUGCCAACAAGGGCAGCUUAGAACAGGAGAACAAGGGUCUUCCCAGUAAAAAGGGUAUCGUUCAGGCCAUCGUUGGGCAGGGCUACCAUCGCAAGAUCAUCCUGGCGUCACAAUCCUCCCAGAACACAAUCUACAGUGAUGGGCAGUCUGCAGCCAUUCCGGUGGCCAGUAUGGAGUUUGCAGCCAUCUGUCUGAGGAACGGCCUGGUCCUCCUCCCUGAUCACCAGCAGCAGGAGACCAAGGCAGAGAACGGCUCCAAGACACCCAGCCAGUCAGGCAGCACAGAGAGCGGCUCAGAGAACAGCGACGCCUGCAGUGGGAAGGGUCAAGAAGGGGACAAGUUCCUUUCUGCAGCACCAUCUUCACCUCUGAGGAAACAGGAGGUUGAAAACCUCAGGUGUUCCCUCCUGGCCUGCAGUGCCUACGUGGCCCUGGCGUUAGGAGACAACCUGAUGGCCCUGAACCAUGCAGAGAAGCUCCUUCACCAGACCAAGCUGUCUGGAUCACUCAAGUUCCUGGGCCACCUGUAUGCUGCAGAGGCCCUCAUCUCCCUAGACCGGAUCUCAGAGGCCAUCGCUCACCUCAACCCAGAGAACGUCACUGAUGUCUCCCUGGGGGUGUUGUCCAGCGAGCAGGACCAAGGGUCAGAUAAAGGGGAUCUGGAGCCUGUCGAGUCAUCAGGGAAGCAGACUCCUCUGUGUUACCCCAGCACAGUGAGCUCAGCCCGGGCCAUAAUGCUCUUCAACCUGGGCAGUGCCUACUGUCUGAGGAGCGAGUAUGAGAAGGCCCGCAAGUGCCUGCAUCAGGCGGCCUCCAUGGUGAACACGAAGGAGAUUCCUCCUGAAGCCAUCUUACUGGCUGUCUACCUCGAGCUGCAGAACGGGAACACACAGCUCGCCCUGCAAAUCAUCAAACGUAACCAGCUCCUCCCCUCAGUGCUCCAGGCGCCCUCUCCAGACACACGAAAGAAGCCUGUUCCCUCCUCCUUCCAGCCUGUCCAACCACCCAUCCAGAUGCCCUCACCAUUCACAACAGUCCAGCGCAAAUGAGCCCUCAACCCUUCGUUCCCCUAACCCUCCUUGCCCCAUUGCACACCAACAUGUACCUGUCGAUCCGUCUUAUCACUUCACCUCAGUGUAUUAUUUAUUUAAGGCAAGCUGACCACACUCAGCGCCGGUGAAGUUGUCCCUAGAUGCUGAUCUUCGGUCAGCUUUGCAUUUCCCCCACUAAUGGUUAAGGCUAGGAUUGGGGGAGGGGAAGCUGAUCCUAGAUCUGUACCUAGGGGAAACUUCACCCCUCAGCGCCCAGUCGGAGCCCUCCAGGUCCUCCUGGUAUGGAGUGCAGUGGUUUCCUGUCAGGUGGACGACGGUUGCGUUCAGUGUGACCCCCUCGGAUGCGUCCCAAAUGACACCUUAUCCCCUAUAUAGUGCACUCCUUUUGACCAGAGCCCUAUGGGCCCUAAUAAAAGUAUUGCACUAUAUAUUGGGUGCCAUUUGGGACGGAGCCUUUAUUCAGUGUGGUUAUGGUGAGAGGAGGGGGGCUUUCAUCACCUGCAGUGUCUUUGGAGCAGAUCUGACAUAAUUUCUCUGUUCUGAGUUUUAACUUUCCAUUUGUGACAGCAACAUCCGUUAUAAUAUAUACUGACCGACUUCCACUUGGGGCAAGUUAAAUACCUGUAUAAAAAUAAAUUUUAUUUACAGAAAUAAGCUGACUUGCAUUUUAUAUGGUGGGUUGGUCUGAAAUCAUUGUUCAAAGGACCCUUGAGGUAGAAUGAAUUGGAGUUGUGCUACUGUAAUGUCAGAGGAGGAAUGUGUUUUAAUGCUUUGUGUGGGGGAGGGAUUUAGAGCUGGCUUCAAGGAGAGGUGGCUGGCUGUCCUUUUUAAAUGAGGGUACAAGGAACACAACUAAAACCUGGUAUACGUCCCAAAUUGGUUCCCUAUUAUGGACAGGGAGGGAAAAAAGUAUUUGAUCCCCUGCUGAUUUUGUACGUUUGCCCACUGACA